AUGCUAUCAUUUCAGUCAUCUCUAAUCAGUCAUCAUGCGUACAACAUUCAUCAAUGCAAUCUUAUUUUUAUUUAUUGCUUUCCUGUUGGCAAUCUUGACUGGGAAGAUACUGAUAGUUAUUAUCCCGCUCAUAUUCUCAGUGCACGCGCGGCCAAAUCACGCUUUUGGAAACGUGCACCUCAACGCAAAUUCUGGAAACGCUCCGCACUAAACGACAACGAAAUGGGCAAUGUUGCACAUAGUCAAUCUGAAAUCAAAGAACAAUAA